GCCUGCACGAUACUCUGGCGUCGACUGACAACCUAUUCGCGUCGUUCCAACGAUGAUUUCCUGAUGGUGGUGGAUUUCUCAUGAUUAGGAAUAGCGUAACACAUUUAAAACAGUCUGAGCUUCCAAUGCUGGUCGUUCACGGCAUUGGUCUGGACUUGGAACUGGAUGGCGAUCUAGACUUUCCACAUGGUUCGACCAAUUCGUGGCGUAUUUCAUGCGCUGGAAUCCAAUGCCGGAGGACUAGGCUCUGGACGUAAUAUGCUACCGAUUAUGAAUAUUAAGCAGUAGAAGCUGGCCACGUUGAGUGUUGUGAUUUUAUUACUAUUUUAUUCGCAAAAACUCAGACAACUUGGAGAUGGAGGCACCUAAUGAGUGGCUGCAAUAUAGGGCGUAGUAAGCGGAAAGAGAAAAAGGCAACAGGUGGUAAUAGCUCAACCCUUGAUCGCGACACACGCCACCAUUGUUUCGUCAAAGCCCCCUCCAAUCUCUCUGGAGGCCCUGCAAAAUACUGGACGUUACAUUGAGCAAUUGUACUCAUGCGAUACUGCUAAGGGGACUCACAGAGAGCGGGUGCACGACUCAUUUCUUGGCGCAUUUAUCCAGGAAGGUACUAAUGCGUUGGCGUUGCGUCGACUAUAUUUUGGAACAAAUAUGGGAACCUAGUCACCUGUCUGGCCAUAAGAGUUUACGACAAAGCAACUCUCGCUUCAGAAUGGAAGACGGUAACUCAACAAAUGUCAAAGCUAAAGGCGCCAUCAAAGACCCCAUCGAACUCCUAGAGAAGGUCGAAAAAGAUCUGAACGAACUCAAUUUGAGUGCGCCCGGAGUGGAACGCGGCAGCAGUAGUAGGGAACAUCAGGAGUCCAGUGAGAGAAGGCCAAGAGAGACGCGCUCAGGUCCUCUUCAUUCCUAUCACAGAGGUACUGCAAUCCGUAUGCUCACGGAUUAUAUCCAAGAUUUGAGGACUUUGAACACCUCCCUUGAUGAGAAUUUACAAAAGCAGGUAGAGGAUUACGACUCCUUCCUAACAGAACUAAUCGGCGCGAACCAGCGAGACCCGAAUUCUGCUUUAACUAUGCUGGAAAGAAGCAAACUGAAAAGCAUGCUCAAGGACUACCAGCAGGCACUGGAGGAAUUGACGGAUGCUUUAGAUGAAGAAGAUCGACAUGUUGUGCGGGAUGACCAUGAGCUCAUACCUAUUCUUCAGGAAGAUGAAGCCCACGAACUACCACUGUACUUGUCUGAGCAGAGGUUUAUGAAGGGCGAGCAUGUAGAGUCACUGACCACUGCACUGGAUGUAUGCACAACAAAACUCCAAGAGUUCAAGAAUAUGCUCGCAGUUGUUAAAAUAUAUCGCCAUCAGUGCAAUUAUCUGGUGGAAACAUUGGAACCUGUUGCGAUUAACAACUUUGACCGGUACAGUCUGGCAUUAAGUAAUCUCCUUGUUCAAGGAAUAGGAAACUCCGAAAAAAAACGUAAUUGCGCUAAUUUCUGUUACGAGUCACUCCUUGGGCUCGCGCGAAAGUUCCAAUCAGUUGUUGAUCUCUUCAAAAUGUGUGCCAGUCAAGAUAUGCAUAAAUCGGCUCUGAGGCUUUGUGAUGUACCUCCUCCAACUUCGACCAGAAGGUGGUCAGAAUUUUCCCUCACCAUUCAAAAUUGUGAAUGGUGGAUGGACUUAGUUGAGCUUGCUUUCUACACAUUGGAGAAGCUCCUUGCUGACCCCGGAUUCACUCUGAAAGAUGUCUCGUUCAAAUGGUCCGAGGAGAAAAGUAGGAUGGUCUUGCAAAUCCCCGGCAAGCAAGAGAGGCAAGAAGGAAAGUCCGUGCUCGACGUUUGCAAAGUACUGGAGGAUAAGGAUCGAAUUGAGCUGACACGGCAGCUCGUAGAAAUGACACGAACGGAGAAUGAUGAACCAUGGAAGUUUGCCAGGCUAUUGUCAAAAGCGAAAUAUAGUGGGGCUUUAGCGAAUUUUUUAAGUCUAAAGUUGGCGGGUCCAACACCGCAAUCAAGCUAUCUCCCAUCUUCGUUCAAUGUGGAGCCUUCAACCUUGAAGUUCAAAGAGUAUUUGGACUCGGGGAGUUCAGGCAUGGUGGCUAAGUCCACUUGGCUUGGGGAGCAGGUAGCCGUGAAAAGUGUGAGGAGCCCGGCGUUGGACCGGAGUAAGUUCGAGGAGGAGGCCGCGAUUUUAGCAACUGUCCAACACCCAAAUGUGGUACGUCUCAUUGGGUUUGGUUUUAUAGAUAAAAACAGAACCGGGUUGUUAGUGAUGGAAUUGAUGGACCAUGACCUGCGCACCGUGAUCGACAAUCGCAUUCGAGAACUUGGACCGGGUUCAUGCCCGUUCCCUACAAUUGUGGCGCUGGACAUCAUCUUACAGAUUGCACAAGCCAUGAAGCAUUUGAGGGAUCUUAAGGUUCUGCAUAGGGACCUAAAAGCCAAGAAUAUACUGGUAAACAUCUGCAAACCCCUUAACACUAAUCCAGGGAGAGAGUCAAGUAAGAGUUUGAUGCAGCAUUCAACGGUCCUUCCCAGCUCUCAGGACACUUAUGUGGCCAAGCUUUCUGAUUUCGGGCUCGCGAAAUGCCGACCCGAAGUAUCGUGGGUGACCACGCGCAUGGCUGGAACCACAGGGUGGAGGGCACCAGAGGUGUUCCAUGUCCAGGAUACGGAGGUUGCUCCAGAAUACAAGUGGCCAGCAGAUGUCUAUAGCUUCGCAAUGACGUGCUAUGAAAUCUUGACGGGGUUGCUCCCGUUCAUAGGUUGCCCAAACGGGUCCAUUCAUGAGAAGGUGAUGAGGGGGGAGAGGCCUCCAUUCCCGGAGAAGCAAGACAUCCCUGAAAUCCUCAAGGGCCUCAUCAAUAAGUGCUGGGCGACGGAUCCUGAUGACCGCCCCACAUUCGAUGAGAUAGUGAGGCUGCUGUGGGAGUGCCGAGUUCAGGCCAUCCUCCCUGUCUUCCAACGCCACAUGGCUUCCGCGGUCUCCCGGACCCCCAGUGUCAAAUACUAACAAGGACAGUGGAGUGGAGUGGGGGUUUCUUCGCUUUGUUAUUCAUUUAUAUUGCCCUUUGCGGCUCAGUUGUAGCAUACAUUCGCCCUUCCAGCCCCUGGGUAUAUCAACAUGGCCCCCUUUCUCAAUACCAUUUGGGGUCUACCAAGCUUUGCCCUGCCCAGCCCUGCCAUAUGACAAUGUGGUUAUGGAUUUAGGAUGAGGCUGUGAUCGUUACCGGUGGUCAUGGAAUAACCAUGUUACCAAGUGUUAUCUAGAUACACUUCAUUCUUUCUUACAGCCUUUCCGGAGACUUUUAGUUCACAUAAUACAAGUAGUGAUAACAAUUUGGAAAUAUAUGUACAUCUGUUCCCAAACUCAAGUUUGGAUUCAUUUUCAAAAAAUUGGAAAUGAUAUGAAAUUUAUGAACAAACCUCAUUGGUUAAGCAUAAAAGUUUGAGGUCUUUUUUGUACA